AUGAAUUCCAGCCCAGGCAGCAGGAAGGGUGCGAAACGAGAAAACCAAAGCAUUGAAAGCUUUGCGAACUACUUUAGCGAAAAGGAUGUGAAGUGCUUGAGCGACAAAGAUGCACCCCUGGCUGUCAAGCUGGAUUGUAUUGCAAGGCGAAUGAAGUCAGUGGGCCUCAUCUUGCCGAAAGAGCAUGUAUGGGGACGCAUUCUCCAAGCGGCCCAAGUUGCAGGGCUAGACGUGGCAGAUUCCACGGCCAGUGUAGAGUACAAACGACAAUUGAAAAGCAUGCUGGCAAAGAUGUCAAAAGGCAUCACUAUUACCAAGGCGGUUUUUCCAGUCGACCCUUGUGAGUUGGAGCGCUUCGCUGAGUCCUACGGAGAUGAAGACCAGCCAGUGAGGCUGGAUGAAGACAGUGUGAUCCAGCAGGAUGUGAGUUUGCGUGGUAGCAAGCGUGAGGUGAAGCAACGCAAGCUCAGUGGUCCCAUGAACCCGAAGGCGUUACCUAUGGUGGAGUUUCAGCAAGAUGCCCAGCCAGCAAUGCAAAAUAUGAUGAUGAUGCUGACGCAGCAAAUGAACCAAAUGAUGUGGCACUCAGGCAGUAACCCAGAUGCUCGUGGCCCUGGUGUGGGUUUGGGCAAUUUUCGUCCUGCGGCGGCACCAAAGGUCAAGAUGUUGAUGCCUGAUCCUGCCACUCAUGCAUCAAGUGCUCACGCUGCAGCUCCUGCAGCAGCACCGUUGCAGGCCAUUGAGGACAAGCAACCUGGCCCUCAGAGCUCUACAAAGGAAAAUGGGCAUGAAGGGGAAAUGUCUCCCAACAAGGCCAUGCUCGAGGUGAACCAGCCAGAGGCAGCGGUGUUGCUGGAAACCACUCCUAAGAUUCCUGGGCCAAUGAAGAGGCCUGCAGGAAGGCGGAUCGAAGCCUUCUGGCAAGGGCAAGUCGAAGGCGGUUAA